UAUUUAUAUUUAUAUAUUUAUAUUGGCGCAAAUAUACAAUUUUGAUAUGUUGAAAAAUAGAUACAUCUUAAUAAUGUUGGAACCUAUUUAUGAAUAUGGGUAUAAUACAGCUGAUACUCGUAUCGAGCUCUACGUGGCAGCUCUGAAAGGCGAUUGGAAAGCAGCCGAAAAGGUUGAAAAUGAUAUUAAUAGAGUGAUUACAGAGAAAGGGGAAACGACUCUCCAUAUUGCUGCUCUGGCAAGAAAAGAGCAGUUUGUGAGAAAGUUGGUCAGUAAGCUGAACAAAGAAGACUUGGAAAAAAAUAACAAAAUUGGUAACAAUGCUCUAUGCUAUGCCGCUGCCUCUGGAAAUGUGGAAAUUGCCAAGCUUUUGGUCAAAGCUGGGAAUGAAAAGUUGGUAAAUCCAGAUAGUGGUAAAAAACCCCUUUCCAUGGCUGCUACCAACGAACACGGUCAAAUGGUGAGGUAUCUUUUUCACAAAACCAAUAGUAUUCAAUAUUGGGAAGAAGAAGAACAAGCUGAGCUGUUCACCACCUGUAUCGGCAUGGGUUUAUAUGAUUUGGCUAUAGACAUGCUAAAGAGCAACCCAGGACUAGCUAAGGUUAGAAACAAAUAUGAUGAAACAGCAUUGACUGUGUUAGCACGAACACCUCUAACUUUUGUUGGUAAUGAUGAGAGUCAAUCAGCUGGACUACUCAAGAGUUUUCUUAAUUUAUCAUGUAUAAAGCUGCCGCGUUUUGGAAAAUCAAGGCAGUAUUCUCAAGCAUUAGACUUAGUCAAAAUGCUUUGUGAUUAUUGCUUGAAUAAUUCUGAUGAAGAGAACCAAAGCUCAGCUACGGAAGUUGCAAAUCUACUAUUUGAUGCGGCUGAAGCAGGGAAUGUGGAUAUUUUAAUCAAACUAAUGCACUUCAACCCUGACCUACUGUGGGUCAAAGAUACUGAAAGAGGAACUAUCUUUCACGUGGCGGUUGAGAAUCGUCACGAGGACAUAUUCAAUUUGCUAUUUGAGUUCGGUGCAAUUAAGGAUCUUAUUGCAAAACAUAUUCCUAGCAAUGACAAUAACUUGCUUCAUUUUGCUGCAAAAUUACCACCUCAAAAGAAGCUCAACACUGUAAGCGGUGCAGCUCUUCAGAUGCACCGAGAGCUUUUGUGGUACAAGGAAGUAGAAAAGAUUGUACCAACUCCAUACAGAGACUUGCCUAAUUCAAAAGGAGAAACCCCACGUGCUUUAUUUGAAAAAGAACAUAAAGAAUUGAAAGCGAAAGGUGAGAAGUGGAUGAAGGACAUAGCAGCUUCAUCAAUGUUGGUUGCUACACUUGUUGCAACAGUAAUGUUCACAGCAGCAGUUAGUGUCCCUGGUGGAUUCAAUAAUUAUAAUGGAGUUCCAAUUCUUCUAGAUAAAAAGCCUAAGCUAUUUGUGAUUUUCACAAUAUCAGAUACAGUAGGGCUAUUCUCCUCCACAGCUUCUACUCUGAUAUUCUUGUCCAUCCAUACCUCUCGCUAUGCUGAUGAUGAUUUCCUUAAGUUCGUACCAUUUAUGUUGAUGUUCGGAGUUACUACGCUUUUCAUAGCCCUAACAGCCAUGACGAUCACUUUUUCUGCCACCUUUCUUCUUUAUUAUCAUCACCAUGGAUUGGCUUUCAUUUCUGUCAUUGUGGGUUGUGUUCCUCUUCUUUACCUUUUGUUAAUUUUUCCUCUUUUAGUUGAUCUUUUGGAUGCAAUUCGUGGUCCGAGGUUUCUGUUUAAGCCAGGAAAACAUCUAUUUCACUAGCGAGUAAUUGUCUACUUAUCAUGAUAUGUCGUAACUAUAUUUCAUAUUUGAACUCUAUAUAUGGAAUAAGUUCUCGAGGUUUAAAAAAUAA